AUGAGGAAAGCCUACCAAAUAGUCUUCGUCAUUCUAUACUACGUUGCUUCAGUGUCUCCGUGCACUGCUUUUGUGACACAACCUAGCCGCCACAUCAAUUCAGGAGCGAGGAGGACCCAACAACAACGCCAGUCACCACGACCAGUAACAGAUGAUUCUUUAUUCUCUACAAUAAUUCUCAAGGCCGCUGACAAAGAGGAGGAUCAAGUGGUGGAAGUUGGCUCAAAAGAGUACCUGGAAGGCUUCAUCUCAUCGCCAAUCCAAGAUGAAUCGGUGGCCGAACGGGGAUCCGGACUGGAACAAGCUCUAAAGCUUGGUGGCUUUUUCACAAUCGGUUUGGCAGUUCUCUUCUUGGGUUUCAUGGCAAGCAACGGUCUACUCUAA